AUGGCUGGACACGCAAAUGGCAGCAACUGGCACAAUGCCAAUGGAGGGGGUCUGGCAUACCGGCCGCCGCCCACGGUGGAUGAAGCGGCCAUGUACUCGCCGUUUGUCUCCAUCAUCCCAUUCUCGCCCGAAGUCAUUCCCUUUCCCGCAGCCGAACCGCCCACGCCGCCCUCAACCCUCACUCCAGACCAACACAACGCUGCGAAGCGAGCAGUGGGCAUAUUGAACGACGAAAUCAAGGGCCAAACCACCGCACAGCACCUGCACGACACGCUCCGCCAGCUCCAGCGUUUAUUGCAUCGCGACAAGCUCCCCGAAUACAACUUCAAGCCAAUGCCACAACUCGCAACGCCCCCUCCAGACAGCCCCGCCAAAGAACACAAUGGAACUGCUGCGAGCGAUACACCGGCUCUUAGCCCCUUUGCGAGCAUGCUCCUGCGGCAGACGGACGUGAGCUUCACGCUGGUCAAGCCCAUCAGUGGUCGCCGUGAAGAGUACCAACGCUACGACGACGUCGUCGACGCCACGCCAAGCUUGCCGCAGAAGAGGCAAGAACAGACCGACCGAGGCCUUGCGGCUCUCAAACCACACGAGCGGGAGAUUGCCGACCGAAAGAUUGAAGAGCUUCGGGAUCUCGUUGCAUCGUUGACUGAUGACAAGGACGACCUUGAAGGAUCAGACAGCUUCCGGACCGUGUCAACGCUCGACGCUGAUUUCACAGUCAUGCGAUCCAGAGCAAUGGACAAUCUCUCCGACAAGAUGUCCAAUAUCAUCAACCUCGGCCGCUUCUCCGCCUUGCCUGUAGACAUGGUCAUGGACAUUCAAUCCCUUUUGCAGCCUGGCGUUACUUCAACUAUCAAAAAUGAUCUGUUCAAGCAAGCAGAAGAGACCAUCGAAUGGUCCGACAGCAUAGAGGCAGCCAAGUUCGCACUCAAGGCCGCUAAGAUGAUUCUGGACACCAUGAUCGAAGGUCGUGACGAUUACCGCAUGCGACGCGAAGAGAUGAUUGAUACCAUCAUCGACCUCAUCAAAUUCAUCAAGGAUGCCUGCAUCGUCCCUAUCCUUCAAGCUCGUCGUUCUGGCUCCACAGAAGAUGUCUUCAUCUCCGCCACCGGCCAAAAGAGAGAGCUGCAGACUGUUCUCCGGCUUUGCGGGAGCGUCAUGUCUCGAUGUGCGAUGCUGAUUGGCAAGUACAAUCUCUCCGACAGGGCACUCAAUGGUCUGGAAUAUCUGGCAUUAGAGCUUGUCAUGGAACAGAACAGCGACUCUGAAAAGGACUCUAUCUUCACGAUUCAGAAAUUUGAGCAGUUUCGUCAAAAGGCUGUGGACGUUCUGGCCGAGAUUUUUGCUCGACAUGCGGAACAGCAGAACUCUAUCCUAAACGGUGUUCUGAGCAAUCUGGAAAAGCUGCCUGACAAGAAGGCCAGCGCGCGGCAGUUCAAGUCAGCGAGAGACGUGCCCAUCAUGACCAUUUCUGCGCUAUUCAUGCGCUUUGUUCAGGUAGCUGCAACGAACAGAGAGUCGCAGACCAAGACUGCUGCCUCGAACAACAACGAGAAUUCUUCCGAUGAGGACGCGAGCGAUUAUGAUCCAGGAACCAGCAGUACGAAGAAGAGGAAGAAGCGCAACGAUGCCCCAGCUCAGACUGCGCAGCUUCUUUUCAAAAGAGCGAAAACCAUAGCGUACACAAUCGCCGCGUUUCUCGUCGACCGGGCAUCCAAUGUAUCCAAGACUAGCGAUAAGCCUUUUCGCAAUCUUCUUGAUCUAUUCAUUGAGGACUUUUGUAAUGUUCUUGGCUCACCCGAAUGGCCCGGUGCAGAGUUGCUUCUGGAGCAGGUAAUGAGAAAGAUGAACGCGUUGCUACAAGCCGAGCAGACGGCAAAGACAACCGUUAACGACAAGGAUAUGGCCCUCUCAGUCAUGUCCCGCAUAGGCUGUGGGAUCCUCGAUUUCAAGCAUCGACUGAAGAAGCUGAAGCGCGAGAAGCUAGAUGUCUCCCAGUCCAACAUCUCUUCCAAAUUAGACCGACUCCUUGACGAGGCGAUGAGCGAUAACGCCAAAGAAGGAGUUAACGACCUAGACCUACUCGCUUUCGACGGCCCUUAUCGGAUGGUGAUCGAAUCGUUACCCGACUACCUUGAUUUGCAUUCAAGUCAGGAUGAUCCGCGUCUGCAGUCCGUCAGUGGUUGCCAUGUCACUUUGUGGCUAGCUGCAUUCCUACGAGCCUUUCCAGCCGAUGCGGGUGAUGCUGAUGCUCGCCCUCUCGCUGUCGCGCAACUUCGUGAGCGUCUGGACCUCAUGAUCAUGGAUCACAAGUGGCUUUCUCAGAAGUUGUACAAUAACGUCUGCAAGUAUGUCCCCUAUAUCGUGGCGUUGAUGCUGGAAAAGACACUCGACAAGAACUCAUCCAAGCUUCGCUCUCGAGGAAUGACGGGUCUGGAACAGCUUAUUCACAAAGACCCUCGUGUCUUCACGGAGAGGAACGUCAAGGAUAUGAUAUCAGCCUUCUCCGAUACAUCGCCUAUGGUCCGGGAGUCUACACUUUCGCUGGUAUCGACCUGCCUGGAGCAUCAACCCUCGCUUCAGCAACACUUCCUGUCUAGCAUUCUGCAAUUGGCCAACGACCCUUCGAAUGGACCGAAGAAGAAGGCAAUCAAGCUUUUGAAGGACAUCUAUAACGGUCCGUCCUCUAUGGAUGACAAACUGAGAAUUAUUGCUGCCCUGCUCCUACCUUCCCAGGACGACGAGAAGACAAUCUCCGAGCUUGCGCGCAACGUACUUGAAGAGAUCAUACUGGUGCACAAUAAGCCGAAUGCGAGACUGGAUGAGAGCCAGCUUAAAUUAGAACGCUCUAAGCGAUCUUUGCUCAUCAUCAACACUGUCCAGCAUAUCCAUGCUACUCCAAAGACCGUGGAAGCUUUCGAAAAGCUUUUUGCGCACGCGCUAUCACCCGGAUCCGCAAACAUUGAGAUCUGCAAAGAACUCGUUGCAGACAUGGUCGAUCAAAUCAUCAGCCCCGAAACCGGCUCCGACACGCAAUCGCAGGCACGUAUCAUGACAGCGUUGAGCAUAUUUGCCAAAGUCGAACCCAGCCUAUUUACCGUUGAUCAGCUGCAACUGCUCAAAUUGUACAUAAAAGUACUCACUACCACGGAGGACCUCGCCCUUGUGCGGCCAACAGUCAUCAUUUUCCGCUAUGUAUUUACGACCCUGAGCACCCUACAGGUGACUUUUGCGGAAGAAGUACGCGCAAGCCUAAUGAGCAACGUAUCAAAGCUGGCAACUUUGGCAGUCCAAAAGCCUGAAAGUCGAGAAACGCUUGUUGACAUUGCUCACUGCUUGUGGGCCUUGACGCCAAUGGCUGAUCAAGGUCUGAAAAAGCUCUGCACCCUCAUCUUGUCCGUCAUUUGUCAAUUGCGGCCACUUUCAGAAUGCACGAAGGAAGAAGCGACCAAGAACCAGAAGAAAAUCCAGUCGUACGCAAUACUGCUUGGAACGUUCGGCAAAGUCUGCAGCUUCGACAAGAACAUAGAGGUCUUCCGAGAGACCCUUAAAGAACAAGCACGCAAAAACCGGGUUGCACAGACAAUCAAGCUCUCGGGAGAUUCCAAGACUGCCGUUUCCCUUCUUUUGCUCAACACAGUCCGACCAUUCACAUCGCAAGCUUGGGAUAUGAGUGUACGUGUACAAGCUUUGAAGAGUGUGGGGGACAUAUGUCAAGGUUCACCGAGCCUCUUCAUGCGCGCCGAGAUCGAGAAAGUCUUCAAGCUUGUCUUCAUCAAUGGCGACAACGAUCUCUUGCGACAGGCAGCCCUGGUUUCAUUCAGAGAGUACUUCACUUUCGCAGAGCGUCGGUCAGAAUCGGGCGCAGAAAUUGCCGUUGGCAAAGGAGCUGUGACUGGCAACGCACGACUAGAGACGUCAUUCGUCGCCAACGAAAACGACAGUGCGACCCUUCAUAUAGCUCAGAGGUUCUUGCAGAACUUUGUGGACACUGCACUCAAGUACAACAAUGACCUGGGGGUUUCGGCGACCUUUGUCAUUGCCAGCAUCAGUCGCCAAGGUUUAGUCCAUCCCAAAGAAUGUGGCGCUGCGCUUGUUGCUCUGGGCACUUCUCCCAUCGACAUCAUAUCACAGACGGCUUCAGUUGAACACAAGCGAAUCCACGAGAAGCAGGAGUCAUAUCUAGAGAAAGAGUACAUGCAGUCGGUACGCAUGGCUUAUGAUUAUCAGGUGGACGUCUUUGGUGACUCUCACGGAAUGCGCGAGGCCACUUACGGUGCUAAGCUCGGCAAGCUCUUCGAGGCAUUGAAGAGUGGAAAGAAAGUCACUUUCAAGAAGUUUAUCAACAACCUCUGCAAGCAGGUGGACUUCAACUUUGCCAAGCUUGAUGCGAGUGGUGAACCGCCUUCAUCAGUACUGUUCGCUCGCUUCUGUCUUGAGAACCUGGCCCUUAUCGACUUGGCAACUCUUGAAGAAGUGGCCAUGUGUUUGAGUGCUUUGGAAGCUAUCGUGCUCAAAAAUACCGGACCCACUGUGGCAUUGGCAAUAGAGACGGAGAUGCCCAAGCGUUUUGUCAAUGUGCAGCAACAAUCCGGGCAUGGAGACUUCCAGCAGCACUUGGGAUUGGGAGAUGCCGCUGGGUUCCAAGCACCGAUUACCAUGUCACAACUCGAACAGCCUACAAUCAACGACACUCGUCUACGUCAGAUCACGGCAGCUUGUAUGAUCCUGAGGAUGGUAUGGGAGACACGAGCCUUCAUCCGCCGCUGCUACAAUGUGCAGAAGACCAAGGGCGGUAUUCCGCAGAAAGAUUACAUCAAACCCGCGCAACGCAACAAUUUUGUAUCUGGUAAGGAACUCUGGGAGAGUCUCUUACCUGUUAUGCAUGCACUCGACAGUCGCGAGACCAUGAUCAAGGCAUGCUACGAUUUUGCCGACAUCCUGGACGUAGAUCGGGAAGCCCAGAUCGGCGAGGACGGAGAAGACGACGAUCUUGGGGCCGGCUACGAGACUCCAGAUGAAGGUGAUGUCACGACCCCUUUCCCAACCAGUGGACGUGGCCGCAAGAGGAAGAGCAACAUGAGCCUCGGCAACACACCAAAAAAGGCACGCGGUAGGCCCACGGGCGGGAAGAACAAGAAGAGGAGCUCGAAAACUCCUGAUGCUGAUGGCGAUUCGGACUAG